UCAAUGAUGUGCCCACUUAAUCCUGGUUUACCCUUCUCCAUCCCCACGCCUGGUCCUCACUCUGCAGCCCUCAAUUCAGUCUCUCCUUGGAACCAACAUAAUCAGAGGUAAAGAGCAAGCAUGUCUACAGAGCGGUUUGACUGCCAUUACUGCAAGGAGUCCUUGUUGGGAAAUAAAUAUAUUAUGAAGGAGGAUACUCAGUACUGCACUAAGUGCUAUGAGAACUUGUUCUCCAAUUGCUGUGAAGUGUGCUCUCUGCCUAUUGGGUGCAACUGUAAGGAUCUGUCCUAUAAGGAUUGCCACUGGCAUGAGCAGUGCUUCAAGUGUGCCAAAUGCAGCCGCCCUCUGGUAGAAAAGCCAUUUGCAGCUAAGGAUGAACAACUUCUCUGCACAGAGUGUUACUCCCAUGAGUACUCCUCCAAAUGCUCCACCUGCAAGAAAACCAUCAUGCCAGGUUCCCGCAAAAUGGAGUACAAGGGGAACAGCUGGCAUGAGACCUGCUUCCUGUGCCAUCGCUGCCAGCAGCCAAUAGGAACCAAGUCCUUCAUCCCCAAAGACAACGGCUACUUCUGCGUGUCCUGUUUUGAGAAGCAAUUUGCCUAUCAGUGCUGUGCCUGUAAAAAAGCCAUUACGACCGGUGGGGUGACCUACAAUGACAAACCCUGGCACCGUGAGUGUUUCCUGUGCAUCGGCUGUAAGAAGCAGCUAUCAGGACAGCGCUUCACCUCCAGAGAGAACUACCCCUACUGUCUGGACUGCUUUAGCAACCUCUAUGCCAAGAAGUGUGUGGGUUGCACCAAACCCAUCACCAGUCUGGCAGGGGCCAAGUACAUCUCCUUUGAGGAGCGCCAGUGGCACAGCGAGUGUUUCACCUGUAUGCAGUGCUCCGUGUCUCUAGUGGGCCGUGGCUUCCUCACCCAGCGUGACGACAUCCUGUGCACCGACUGCGGCAGAGAGAAGUGACCUCACUGGGGAGAUCGCAACCUUAUGACCUUUUAAUAAUCCAGCACAGGUCACACCACACUCGAACCAUACUACAACACAUUCUGAAACACCACACCAAAACCCUACCCAGCAGGAAGUGACCUCAGCAGAUGGUCACUAUAUUGACCUUUACAUCGUUCUAUUGUUGUUUCAGUGUUGUGACAUUUGUGAGGGGAGGAGCCUUUGAUGUACACCUGUAGCUUCCCCCUUCAAGAGUAGUAAUAGAAUCUUAUGACGAAGUUAAAUGUAUGAUUUACAGAAUAAUCUCACUUGUGAUAAUCUAAAUGACAGGGAUGUACUUGACAUCAAUUACAUCAAUUUGACAUCAAUUAAUUUGUCUGCACAUUAGUCUUUGCUGUUUGCAUGUUUUAUGUUUUCAUCAUUAUUAAAAUCAAAGUAAUAGUAGUUUAAAUAAGGUGACAAUCUAAAUUGAGUGGUUCAUUUUUGUUCAAAUCUAAAUUCAGACCUUGAUUUAUGAAUGCAUCUGUGAUGUUAAAUGAAUAGCACCGCUUUGCCUUAAUUAAUAAAAGU